UUUUGUCAUUGCAGGAAGACGACUUGAAGUGGGUAGAGGAGAACAUUCCAUCAUCUCUGGCAGACACUGCACUUCCUAUCCUUGACUCAGAUGAGGAAAUUGUUACGUCAAAAUUUGAGGUCUCCAAGAUGCAGUAAGAAUGUCAAACAUCGAGGAUGCAAAUCCAUUCCACUAAACUGUUUUCCUUACUUCCGAGUGCAUUAUUGAUGAUUUUUUUUUUGUAAUAUGAAAUUGCCAAAUUUUCUUGAUAAUUACUAGAUUUUUGCUUUUGAACUAAUUAUAUAUAUGAAUGCUGUGUUUGUAGAGUUUUCUGUUUUAAUGUAAUGUUCAAGGGCAUAAGACUUCCUUAAAUAAUAGUCUACUGAUCUAGAGUAGUCACUGUUGUAUAUAAUCCAUUUUCUAGAAUAUGUUACCAUGGUUUUUAUACUGAAGCAAAUGUUUAUUGGGUGUUGUUUUAAAUGGAUUGAGAGGUUUCAUAUCCUAUGUUUUUCAGUGUUAUGCCUUUUCAUUUAAAGCUUAAUAUUUAUGGAAAUAAAAUUUAUUGAACAAAUAUGCUUAAUGAAUUAUAACACGGUAGAGUGACAGUAGAAUUCAUAAGCUGUCAGGAUCAAUUAUGAAUUUUGCUUUCAAGUUUUUUUGGAAUGAUCCUCAUAUAUAAUAAAACCAUAGCAUUUUUAUAGGUAUGUUACAUAUGAUAAUGGGUUUUUAAUUAAGUAAUUUUUUGUACUUGCAAAGGUCAAGAGUUCAUUAAAUCUAUGGUAUAGGUAUACCUAUAAACAAAUUAGAUGAAGAAAGUGUACUUACCACUCCCUGUAUUAGUUGUCCUUUUUCAAACACACUAUAUACAUGGUUUAGAAAAACAUGUAAGCAAACACUAGGACAUAUUUAUUAGAAAACUUCUUAGUCCUAGGACCUUGUCCACUUCUGGUUAUAUACUGAAGUGAUCAAGGUCCUUGACCUGGUACCUCGAUCACUUCUGGUUCUAGGACCAAAACAUUUUCUAAUAAAUAUGUCCUGGUGUUUGCUUACAUGUUUUUCUAAAUCAACUUGUCGCUAUUUAUUACCAAGGCUUAUACCACACUAUAUACAUAUACAGUAUACAUAUAAUGUAGCAUUUAUAUGUCUGAGUAGGUGAAGUUGAAGAAAAUAAAGUGAAUAUAUAUUCUGCAACAAUACGAGUACAAGUAUCUGGCUGCACACCUGAUACAUUGCUGAUCAAAUCUUCCAAUUCAGAUCAUCAUAAGCCUUAGUACUAAGGGUAUUAGGGAUUUGUUCUUUAAUAUUAAUAUCAGUGUCAGAGCUUCAUAUUAUAAGGCCUCUUUCUAAUACAUAUGAGACUUUUUUUUUUAAUACACACAUCCCAUAUUGUAGACGUCUGCAUCACUUUCUGCUAAGUAAUCAAUGAUUACUUCAACAUAAUAGAUCUUGUUUAUCUAAAUUGGAUAUAAAUAUGUUCCAUUGAACGUUCUUCAGCUGAUUCUUUAUCACUGUAGUCUCUUCACUGUUUACAGUACCUGUUUGAGUUUAAGACUGGGCUGUAAUACUAUGUCUGCUCAAAUGAAUGUUUGAUAAUGAGGAAAUUUUUUGUCAAUCAGUCCAUUCUUAAAUGUCUUGAUCACAUAGGUCCUUAUCAUAACUCAUUUAUUUAGCUAUUUCAACCUUUAAGUUUUCACAGAACUUUCUUUGAUAACGAAAUAUGCCAGAGCAUGUGUUCAAUGGUAAUUUUUCAGAAACAUUUCGUAACUACCACUUUUUUAAACUCGGCACAGUCAUUCAGUAUUCUGUUGCAGUAUUUUAAUUUAAAUUAUCUUAUAACUUUUGAUCUAUGAGUUUGAAAAAGAAUAUGCAGUUAGUGGUAUAUAUGUAGCAAAAAAUUGUCAGAAUCUUAUUUUUCAACUGAUCCUUGAGCAGCAGAAUGAUGCAAUUCUUUUUGGUCAUUAUGCACAAACUGUUUCUGAAACCAUUGGGUAGUAAAGUUUUGUGUAUUCCAGACAACAGGUGUAACGUCUUUUUUUCUUUUUCCCCUUUGAUCUUUGUCACAAAUUUCUCAUCUUUACACAAGAAUGCCAGACAGUACUUCUUUAAAGUAAUCCUGUUAAAUCUGCAUUGUGGAUUUUCUUAGGAGUUAUAAUGAUGUUAAAAAAUGCUUAACCAAUUUUGAUCAUUCAGUGCUUGUUUAGGAGUUAAAUUAUACUCUUUCACCUAUUUGUAUAUAGUAAAUCAGUACUGGUCUUGUCGUACAAGUGUGAAAUGAUGUUAAAUGUUUUGCAGUGGUUGAACUGCUGAUUUUUUUUUUUUCUGUUUCAUGAACCUGUAAGAUCCUAGGUAGUAGGUUGGUAGACAGCAACCUCCCAGAGAGGUACUGCAGUCCUGCCAAGUGAGUAUAAAAUGGAAACCUGUAAUUGUUUUACAUGAUGGCAGAUUGCUGGGUUUUUUCUGUCUCAUAAACAUGCUAGAUUUCAAGUACAUCUUGCUACUUCUACUUACACAUAGGUCACACUACACAUGCAUGUACAAACAUAUAUAUACACAUACCCCUCUGGGUUUUCUUCUAUUUUCUUGUUGUUCUUGUUUAUUUCUGCUUAUCUCCAUGGGUGUGUGGAACAGAAUUCUUCCUCCGUAAGAGUUGUAAGAGGUGACUAAAGUCCCAGGAGCAAGGGGCUAGUAGCCCCUUCUCUUGUGUACAUUACCAAAGUUAAAAAGAGAAACUUGUGUUUUUCAUUUUUGGGCCACCCUGCUUUGGUGGGAUAUGACCAGUUUGUUGAAAGAAGAAAAAACAACCUGUAAGAUGAUGGGUAAAUCCAGUAAGUAAGACACAUAGGCAACAUUUAGGCAUCUUUAUUCCGAAACAUUUCGCCUACACAGUAGGCUUCGUCAGUCGAGUACUGAAAGUAGGAAAAGUAGAGAUGUGAAGACGAUGUAAUCAGUUCAUCACUUGACAAUGUAGAUUUGAGGUUGUCAGUCCCUUAGCCUGGAGAAGAAUUCUGUUUCAUAGUCUGAAGCAAUGUGAAGAACCAGCAACGAUGUGAAAACUUGUAAACUGUCGGCAGGAGAAGUGUAGAGUAGUAGAAGAAAGAAUGUAAUCACUUAGAGAUCACAUCCCUCUCAGACCCAACCAUUCUCUCUUGAAAAAGUUGUCCAGGGUGUUUUGUCUUCUGUACCAAGAUGCCAUUGUGAUGCAGUGUCUGACAGAAUGAAACUCAAAAUGGCAUACAAUACCAACAAGUUGGUAAGUAAGAUAUAUAGGUAACAUUUAGGCAUCUUUAUUCUGAAACAUUUCGCCUACACAGUAGGCUUCUUCAGUCGAGUAUAGAAAGUAGGACAGUAUGUAAGUCUAAACACCGUCGCUGGUUCUUCACAUUGUUUCAGACUAUGAAACCGAAUUCUUCUCCAGGCUAAGGGACUGACAACCUCAAAUCUACAUUUUCAAGGGUGAUGGACUGAUUACACCAUCUUCACAUCUCCACUGCUCCUACUUUCUGUACUCGACUGAAGAAGCCUACUAUGUAGGCGAAACGUUUUGGAAUAAAGAUGCCUAUGUGUCAUACCAACUUGUCAGUAUUGUAUGCCAUUUUGAUAUUCACAGGUAAAUCUACUUACUUUCAGUAUACACUUUAAAUUUUCUUUCUUUGAUUUUAAUAGUUCCUAUUCUUAUAAAUAUUGAAUUUCCACUUAAGGAGACCCUGAACCUAGGCUUUGGGUGGCAGAGAUCACCAGAACAAUAAACAAAUGUAAAAUAUGGUUAACAGACAAAAUAGUGAAUUCUUUCAAAUAGUCUUGAGCAGCAUCUUGAUUCGCAAGUUCUUUUGCCAUAGGUUUUAAUCUAAUAAAUACCAUGGCACUUCUUAAACCUGUCCAGCAAACCAUGGGAAUAUUCAAACUUUUGUUUUUAAUCUUUAGAUCAUUUUGAAAAAUUUUGGCCCCAUCAUAAUAUAACAAGAAAUAGGUACACCACUGUGUCAUUUGCAAUCACUUUCAGAAUUUUACUUGAGCUGUUUGUUGUGCAUUGCAUUUUGACAAGAGCUUAGAAAUGCAUAAAGUAAUCCACCCUCAAUUUUUUUUAGGAAUUCUAUUCAAAUUUUGUUUUUAAUCUUUAGGUCAUUUUGAAAAAUUUUGGCCCUCGUCAAAAUUUAACAAGAAAUAGCUACACCAUUGCAUCAUUUACAAUCAUUUUCAGAAUAUUACUUGAGCUGUUUGUUGUGCAAUGCAGUUUAACAAGAGCUUGGAAAUGCAUACAGUACUCCACCCUCAAGUUUUUUAGGAAUUCUGCUUUUGACUCGCUCAUCAGAGAAAUAUUUUUUAAAUAACACUUGAAAGUCUAACAAACUGUCAGCACCUGUUCUGCUCUUUUUACAUUUGCUACACAUAUAUUUUGUGUAUUACAUUCCCCAGCAUCCUCAGCAGAGAUAGGAUUAUUUUCCAGAAUACUGCAAUAAGUUAAAAUUUUAUAUAAAUACUAUAUUGUACUUGAUAUCCAUGAGAGAUACACUCUUGAAGAAGCUCAAUGCAGGUGGUGACCUUGUAGAUAAUAAAUUGUGUAUUCCAGUGAAAAAAGAAAAUACAGUAGUCUGUCAUCAGUUAAUGAAUAACUAGUGGUCUAAAAUACCUGAUUUUUCAAAAGGGCUUUUACAAUAUGUAAUAAUUAAAAAAUUGGUUAGAUCUCUGAAAGGUGAAGGUGAGUGUUUGUUAUGGCCCCAGUGUUUGUAUUGUAAUAGCCACUGGCCCUAAGAUUGUAUGUUUAUCAUUUUACUUUGCACAAAAGAUAGUACAGUACUAAACAGACAAUAGUAGUAAAGAUGCGAUAUAUGAUACAGUAGGAGACACAAUAGAUGGUAUAGUGAUAAAUUAGACACAUGUGCAACUCUUGGGUAUCUUUAUUGAGGAAACGUUUCACCACACAGUGGCUUCAUCAGUCCAAAUGUAGGAGAAACUUGAAGAACAGGAGGAGAAUGAGGUAAUCAGUCCCUCAACCUUGAGUCGAUGUGUUCAGUCCAUCAAUCUUCAAGUUUCUCCUACGUUUGGACUGAUGAAGCCACUGUGUGGCGAAACGUUUCCUCAAUAAAGAUACCCAAGAGUUGCACAUGUGUCUAAUUUAUCAACAUGUCGGUUCUCUGAACCAUUCAUCUACAAAGAUGGUAUAGUGGUAGAGAGACAAGAGGGAGUAAAGUGAUCGGAAAUUCUUAAUUUGGCCAAUUUAACACAAAGUUCAAAAUAUUCCAAUUUCAAAAUAGGGUCCAGAAUAAACAUUGUAGGCAUUCCUGGCACUAAACUAACAUUUCCUCUGUUCAUUAGUUAUGUUUUGAGGCUUUACAAAUAAAUUCCAUUUUGAUUUUUUAUUCACAUAAUGAAUUUUUAUUCACACCAAAAAAUAGAAGAUUUACUGUUAUGCAAUACUGUAAUAAUUGUAUAAAUAUCAUCACCAUAUUUGUGAAUGUAUAUUAGACCCACCAGCUGACGUGUAUUAGACGUGUGAGGUCGUUUGUUUACUCUUGAAUAUCGGCAAAAAUUUAACAUUUCCGCUACUUUGAGCUCAGUUUCAAGCCAUUUCCAGUGCUAAAACCAAUCAAAAUCAUCUCUAUUUCUGUAAUAUGUCUUCCAUUCUAUCAAAUGAGACCAAGAAAUUGCAAAUACAACUAUAAAAAACAUACGACAAAACACUGCAAAGUUGCUGUUUUAAUCGAAAAAUCAUGAUUUCAGUUUUUUUCUCUCAUUAUACACAGUGUGCUGCAGGAUCUGUUUUAUGUGGUGCACACAUACCACAUAGAUGUAUUCUCUCAUAUCUAGGCCCAAAUGUACCACUCACAGUUUAUCAGAGUGAGCUGAGCUCAUGGCGUAGAUCUACGGUUUGGACACUCACCGUAAAGCCGUAGAUCUACGGGACGGACCCUGAAAGGGUUAAAGUUUUCCCUCCAAAUUGUGGGUUGUAAAUAGAUAGCAGUAGUAUGUACCACUUCACAAUAAUAGUAUGUAUUACUACACUAUAAUAGAUAAUAUGUACUACUACACUAUAACAACAAUACUGUACUAAUGUAAUGAACUACUACAUUAUAAUAGUGUGUACUAUGUCACUGUAAUAGAUAGUAUGUACCAAUACACUAUAAUAAAUGGUAGCAUGUAUACUACACCAUGGUAUAGUAGCAGUUUGUAGUACUACACUAUAAUACAGUACAGUAAAACCUCUAUUUAAGGAUAUUGAAUUUAAAUCAGUUGUCAGGAAAAGUUCAUUGUUUUCAGAAUUGUCCAUUAUUGUUACAGUUCACUGGGUUAAUAUGAGAUUUAACACAAAAUCCGUUAUUUCUAGAAAUGUCAGUUACUGUUACAAUCAAUUGGGUAAAUUGGUUUUCAGACUUAAUAAAAUCUGUUGUUUCCAGAGCUGUCGGUUAUUGUUAUGAUCAUGGCAAAACAGUAUCAUAAUUUGGAUUUAGCAGGUAGUUGGCAUGACUGGACACUUCUUCCCCCAUCACUGUUAAAUCAAGGUUUCAUUGUACAGUACUACAGUUGAGCUCCCUAUUUUGUUGGGGUUUAGUUUCUAGAUAUCCCUGCGAAUACAGAAUUCACAAUUACAGUACAAUUAAAUUCUGUCCAUAUGAUAAGUUUUGCUGUAGAUCUUGUCAUAUAUUGUGUUUCAGAAGACAUAUCUCUCUAAAUACUACUUUAGCUUCAUAAAUAUUGGCAUUCAUGAGAAAGAAUAUCCAGGAAUUUAAGAGGUUUGUACAUGGAAAACUUGGUGAGCACAUUUUAAUGUCAAUCAGCUCAUUUUCUAUUCAGGGGCCAUGCACCAAAACCAAAGAAAAUAAGCACUGAAUAAUCGAAUACCCUUCAGUAAAAACGUUGGAUAAUCAAAGUGCUCAAUUUGGAACACCACACAUUUUGGGGCUCAGUUUUAAUUGUAAUAAAACCAAAUAUUGGUUAAAUAGUUGAAUGUCAUAGCUUUCUGGGAGGUUGUGCCUCAUGGUGGAUUGAGUAUCAGUGGGAGCAGGCAUUGGCAACUCUUAUUUUACUCAAAUAAUUCAAAAAGAAAACUGUCUAAUUUCAUACACACUUAAAGUCUGGGAAUGUGGGAACUUUCUAAUUAUUUCAAACAAAAGAAUAUUUCAUAAAUCAUCUCCAGUAUGCAGUACUAUACUGUAGUACUUGAGGUUGAUGACAAAUGAGAAUUACAUAGUUGCUUUCUAGUGACCAAAAUAAAAAAAAAACGCACAUGCAUGCAGACGCACGCAUGCAUGUACAUACAUAUUUACAUUUACAGAUAUUAUUAUUAUAAUUAAAAGGAAGCAUUAAACCUACUAGGGUCAUACAGCACUGCAGGGUAGGAACUGAUGCAGGAUCUAAGGAUAAGUAAGGAUGGAGAGGACAAAGGUAAAGUUAGGAAGGGCUGCGAGGAGUGUUAAGGAAGGAUUAUCAAAGUUUGUGUAAUCAUUUGCUGUCAAAAAGUUGAAGAAGAAGUGUGUCAAAGGUGGGGCCAUCAGCAAGGAGGGAUAAUGAAGUGUGUCAGAAUGGUGACGACGUCAGAGGAAAAUUCUGCAUUCUCGUUGAUAGACGUAACAGUCCAAUAGAAUAUGGGAAACUGAAACAGGAACUAGACAAUUCUCACAAAGUGGAACAGGAUGCUUCUCCAUGAGAUACCCACGAGUUAGACAAGUGUGUCCGAUGCAAAGAUGAGUGUUGUCUCCCAACCUCGGUAUCAAUGACAAGAAGGCCAGAAACCCAAGCUUGGUUUGUUAGAAUGUAAGUUGUUAUGAGUUAUAUCAGACAAAUAUUGUUGCCAACGGCUGCAAAGGCGAGUAGAGAUUACGGCAAAAUAGAGAAUAAAAUACCUCAGCCUCUUCAAGGGGGGCUCCUUGGCGUGGUGAAGAGGCUCUUGGUCUGAGGAAUUAGACCUGUCAGUCUCCUUCCUCAGACCGAACCUAAUUACCCCCCAAUCCCCCGUUCCCUAUCCCAUCCUCCCCAUCCUCCCCUUUUUCCUUUCCUCCUCCUCCUCCCCACCCCUCCCUUUUGCCCUUCCUUUUUGGCCUUUCGGAUUUUUACCCCACAGGCACGCUAGUUCCUAGGUAGGAGAAAGGGUACAGGGGUCCAUCCCAUUCCAUUGAGGUUCUUAGCGGUGGUGUAGUUUGCCGUGGAAUCUGGAUUGCCCGGGGAUGUCCCGAUCCCUCUCCGGUAUCCCGGAGGGUUGCUUUGGGUGUCUCUCGGGCAACGGGUGUAUCUCUGGAAGCCACCUUUCGGAUUCCGGGGGUGGUGGCCGAAGGAGGUAUGCUUUGUGGCGGAUUUCCGGCCGCCCUCUCUUUUGUCCACCGAGGUAGCUCGGCAGAUGUGAGGUUGCUAUCCCGGAUUGCCGGUUUACUGGCAUGAUGGGUAAGGUAUGGCACGGGUUCCAUGCUGCAUCUGCGCUACUUGCGGUGCUUAGGUCCUCUUGGGCGCGGAGGGAGAUUUCUGGCCCUUUCAUUCCUCCUAGGAACUAUCCCUCCCCUGUCCCCCCCUUUUUUAUUCUUUUUUUUAUUUUUAUUUUCUUUUCUUCUUUCUUUUUUUUUUUUAAAAACAAAAAGAAAGAAGUAACCUAACCAUGGCACCCCUAGUCCAUGAACCUGCUACCCCCGGGCCCCUUCUUGAUAACGCACCCUGUUCUGACCCCGCCUCGUCUUUGGACCGCUCUUCGGACACUCCUCAUGCCUCUGUACCUCUUGCCAGUGCUGUUUUCUCACCCGCUUCAGGUACUGAGGCCUCGACUGACUCCUUCGAUUUAUCUGACCUUCGCUCUCUGACUAUGCUUCCGGCCUCUCCCUCUACGGUGCGGCAAUUUUCGAAUCGCCAGCCCGUUCCACGUCGGACCAACUCUGUUCCCACGCCUAAACGCCAACGACAGUUACCUGCUGAUGAUACUUCUCCACCUUCUCGUUCUUCUCAGAAAAGAUCGACACGUCCUUCACUACCUUUCCACGCUCAGUUUCAGACUGCACAAUGGGGUAAAUUCUUCACUUUACGACCGACUUCCUCUACUGCCUAUCUUUCUGACCACAGUAUUGGCAAGGCACUCCUACGCCAUGUUGGUAAAGAUAUUUCUUUUCAUGCUCUUAAGAGCGGUACGCGCAUCAUCACCGUACAGAAUGCUACCCAGGCUCAUGAGCUUUCUCGUCUUUCCCAUAUCGAUACUGUUCCUGUCACUAUUGACAAACAUCAUUCCCUCAAUUCUUGUAGUGGUACUGUCAUUCUGCCCCAUACCAUAGUUCAACAAAAUUUCCAGACAUGUGGCACUGACUUUCUUGAACAGCUGGAACUCCAAGAUCUCCCAAUCCUCAAGGUAGACACUUAUGUUCUUCCUGCCCGCGGGCGGAGACGAUACCCUAGCAAUGUGGCUCGUUUAACUUUUGACAGCCGUGAACUCCCAUCCUCAGUUUAUGUAGCAGGACAUCGGUUACAAGUUCGAAAGGUGAUCCCUACACCGCAACAGUGUAUAAAUUGCUGGCGAUUUGGCCAUCCAGCGAAAUAUUGCAGAUCUAUCUCCGAAUGCCCAGUCUGUGGUGCCGAUGACCAUUCUAAUACGUCUUGCAAUCGACCUCCCUCUUGCCUUAAUUGUCAUGAGGCUCACCCUUCGUACUCUCGCCGUUGUCAAGUCUACUUAAACGAGCGGGAAAUCCGUUACCUCAGAGGCAGAAGGUCUCCCUUAUGACAUGGCAGUUUCUCAUCUCCACCUCCAGGGGAGACUACCUCGUGUUUCUUAUUCCCGUGUUUCAAAACGUCCCCCCACUUCUGGGAUCCCAUCUUCUGCAACCACCUCUGUGGCUACCUCUCCCAUAGUCACUCCUGUAUCUAAUUCUUUUGCUGUCCUAGGCUCAGACGUCCCUACUUCAACGCCUCAGUCUGAUCUCGGUUCUUCGUGUUCUCCCUCACAAGCCUCAGUAGCAACGAGAUCUCGUAUGACACCUCCUCCCAAUCGUCCCUCUACUUCUCAAAAGUCAAAAAAAGGUCCGUUAACACCUCCUACCCAUCUUCCACCUCCUCAUUUUACCUUCCUUGUCUCUGUACCUGGUUCUUCCCCUCUCACUGGCUCUGUUACAAGUGUAGAGGUUCACCCUCCUCCUCGUACUGUACCUUCCUCCCCUGUUCCCUCCCAAGUUUCUUCCUCUUCUGCCACCUCCCAGGUUUCUGCCUCUUCUCUCCCCUUCCACGCUUCUCCAGUUCCCUCCACCCUUUCGCCCCCCCCCUACCUUGGUACAGUCCAAUACAGUUCCAAUCUUUACUCAUCCUCCCCUACCAUUUCCAAUAUUGUCUCCCAUACGAUGUCUCUGAAUUCCGAAACACUUGAAGCAAUCUCUGAAUAUAUUGCAGAGACCAAACCAUCAAUGGACACUGAUCCACCCUCCGUUCCUUCUCUCUCCUCUGCUCCAUCUGCGCAACUCCUUUCUUCACAGUACACCGUUCCUUCGCUGCUUGAACGUUUUCCACUGCCUCCGCAUGUGGACUUUUCUAACCCCUCUAGUCCGUAGGAACCCUUACCUGCGGAUUUCAGGUAUCUUUAUCAUUGCCAAUCAUGGCCUAUUUACAGUGGAAUAUACACGGCCUCAGGGGUAAUCGGGGUGAGCUUCAGAUGUUACUCUCCCAGUUUUCCCCUGUUGGUGUUUGCUUACAGGAACCAAAAUUACACUCUGCUGUUAUCUCUCCCAUCUCAGGCUAUAAUUUAUUG